AUGGUGAGACUGGAGCAUGGGAGAGUUGUGCUGGCUGGGGAAUUUGAGGAUGGAUUUUGGAAGGUGUAUAAGUUUGUCGAGGAGCACAAUCAUGAACUUGUUGAACGUCCUGAUAAGCAUUUUCUUCCAACUGAACGACACCUCACUCAGCUCCAGAAGCAUGUUAUACACAGCAUGUCUAAGCUGAAUUUGGGUCCUGUCAAGGCGUUUAAUGUUAUGAAGACUUGUUUUGGCGGUUUUGAAGACGUGGGCGCAAGCAAAGUUGAAUUUAAGAACUAUAAGAGAUACUCUAUGGUGUUUGUACCGUUCACUGGUAUAGACAAUCAUCACUGCAAUGUUACAUUUGGUGCAGCAUUGUUGGCGUCGGAAACUGCGGAUACGUAUAUUUGGCUGUUAAGAGUUUUUCUUAAAGUUGUUGGUUCUCAACCCAAAGUUGUUGUCACUGACCAAUAUCCAGCGAUGAAGAAGGCGAUUUCUGCUCUAUUUGUUGACACGAGGCAUCGGUUAUGCAUGUGGCAUGUGAUGCAUAAACUUUCUCUGAAGGUUGGUGUUUGGCUAUGCAAUUCCACCAAUUUUAAAGAACGUAUCUGUGGUGUUGUGUGGACGGAUAUUCUCACACCUGAAGAGUUUGAAUCAGAAUGGGAAAUGGUUAUUGCAGAAUUCAAUUUAGAAGAUGAUGACUGGCUAUCUGAUAUUUUUGCACUUAGGGAAUCUUGGAUCCCUGCAUACUAUAGAAUGGAGCCUGUGACUGCUGAGCUUAUUGGAGUUGCGGAUUGCAUAAAUCAACGUUACGAAGGUCAGCUUGAUGGGUUUGUUAAGUUUUAUGUAAAUGACUUCAAACAGCUUUGUACAUCCUUAUUUGAGGUAUUGUUCCGUAAGUCUGAUUGCACAUGCAGUUGCUCAUGCAGACGUUUUGAACAGAUUGGUUUGCUAUGCAGACAUAUAUUCUAUGUUUUGAGACUUAUGGACAUUAGGGAAUUUCCAAAACAAUACAUUCUGAAUAGAUGGCGCAAAGAGCCCUCCCCAAACUGCCCUCUUGAAUUCUCAAUUAGUCGUGAAUAUAUGACCGAGCUGGAUCCUGAUGUGAAAAGUAUGAUGCGAGAUGUUAUUUAUUCAACCGAAUACACUUUGAACCGUUUAUCUGGUAAUAUAGAGGAGCUAUCCUUAUACAAGGAUCAUGUUCAAUCUUAUAUGAAGAAAGUUCAAGAUAUGCAGAUUGUUACUCCUCCCGCUAGUUCUAGGGAUAUAUUUGCCGAGAUAACUGGUCAAUAUAAAAAUGACAAGAAUCCGAUAAGAGUCCCUGUAGAUUAUAAAUCCAAAGGUUCUGGUUCUCGGAAGCGCCUGAAAUCUAAGCAGGAGAUAGUAAUUGACAAAAAGAAAUCAAAGUCGAAACCCGUGGCCAAAGAAAGACAGUGUCAGUAUUGCAUAGCCUAUGGAUUCUACGCAUCAACAUGCAAACAGGCCGUAAUUAAAAGAAGAUCGACAAGAACACAUUCAGAUGGUCUUUUGAGAGACACUGUAGAGUAG